AGGGCUGUGACGUGCCCUUUAAGCGCGUAGCUUCUGCAGUGUUGUCACUGGGUUGAAUUUCUGUCGGACGAUUUAUUUUACCCGAACCUCCUUAAAGCGGCUUUGAAUCUUUGAUAUCGCUUCAUGAACAACGUUUAAGUGUUCCUAGCUACAAGGUAGUGUGUAUAAAGGGCACUUCUCGGCGAUGUUCGGGGUUGUUUUGUGUCUGUUGUGUUUGCUGAACAUUACCGGCCCGGUUCUCGGUUACUUUCCAGAAGAGCGCUGGAGUCCUGAAUCUCCUCUUCUGGCUCCGAGGGUCGUUAUUGCUCUCAUCUGCCGAAAUUCGGCCCAUUCCCUGCCUUAUUUCCUCGGAAAUAUUGAGCGCUUGAAUUAUCCGAAGGACCGCAUUGCACUUUGGGUUGCGACCGAUCAUAAUGCAGACAACACGACGUAUCUGCUCCGAGACUGGCUCGUCAGCGUCCAGAAGCUGUACCACUACGUGGAGUGGAGACCUAAAGAGGAGCCCAGUGCGUACGGUGAUGAGGAAGGACCCAAGCACUGGACGAACCACCGAUACGCUCACGUGAUGAAGCUGCGCCAGGCUGCACUGGAAGCAGCCCGAGAGAUGUGGGCUGACUACUUACUGGUGGUCGACUGCGACAAUCUCCUGAUCAACCGAGAUGUGUUGUGGAAGCUCAUCAGGGAGAAUAAGACCAUCGUUGCCCCGAUGCUGGAGUCUCGAGCAGCUUAUUCCAACUUCUGGUGUGGGAUGACCUCUCAGGGUUACUAUAAGCGCACGCCGGCGUACAUACCGAUACGCAAGCAGGUGAGGAAAGGCUGCUUCCCCGUGCCCAUGGUUCACUCCACCUUCCUCAUGGAUCUGCGCAAAGAAGCGUCCAGACUCCUGGCGUUUCACCCUCUGCACGCCGACUACAGCUGGGCCUUCGACGACAUCAUAGUGUUCGCCUUCUCAGCCCGAAUGGCAGAGGUGCAGAUGUUCGUGUGUAACAAAGAGACGUACGGGUUUUUGCCCGUUCCCCUGCGCUCCCACAAUACACUUCAGGACGAAGCCGACAGCUUCCUUCACUCUGUCCUGGAGGUCAACGUGCGAUAUCCCCCCGUCGAGCCCUCCAGUUACCUCCCCCCUCCCGUCAGACAGCCUGAUAAGCUGGGCUUCGAUGAGGUGUUCAUGAUAAACCUGCAGCGUCGGUCCGAUCGGCGCGACCGCAUGCUCAGAGCGCUCCGCAUGCAGGGGAUCGACUGUAAGGUCACGGCUGCUGUCGACGGCAAAGCCAUGAACGUGAGUGAGAUCCAGAGUAUGGGGAUCCACAUGCUUCCAGGCUACAGCGACCCCUAUCACGGCCGGCCUCUGACGAAAGGAGAGCUGGGCUGCUUCCUGUCUCACUACAACAUCUGGAAAGAGAUUGCCGAGCGUGGCCUGAAGACCUCCCUGGUGAUCGAGGACGAUCUGCGGUUUGAGAUUUUCUUCAAGCGGCGCCUGAAGAACCUGAUGAGCGAGGUGGAGAGAGAGGGGCUCGACUGGGACCUGAUUUACAUCGGGAGAAAGAGGAUGCAGGUGGACCAUCCGGAGAAAGCCGUGCUAAAUAUACGCAGCCUCGUGGAGGCGGACUAUUCUUAUUGGACGCUGGGUUACAUGAUGUCAUUACAAGGAGCCAAAAAGCUGCUGAAGGCAGAACCGCUGGGCAAGAUGCUGCCUGUGGAUGAAUUUCUUCCUGUCAUGUUCAAUAAACAUCCUGUCUCAGACUACAUGGAGCAGUUCGAGACGCGAGACCUGAAGGCGUUCUCGGCCGAGCCCCUGCUCGUCUUCCCCACUCACUACACGGGCGAGCCGGGCUACAUCAGCGACACGGAGACGUCCACGGUGUGGGACAACGAAGGCGUGCGCACAGACUGGGACAGAAAACGCUCACGGAAAACCCACGAGCAGGACGAGAUCAGCACGGAGGCGCAGAACUCCGACGUGCUGCAGUCUCCUCUGGACAGCACGGCGAGGGACGAGCUCUGAGCCACGCUCGGUCCCAGACGCCCCAUCCAGAGAGAGGGAGGAAAAUCUCAGAAGAAUCCAUUUUUUAAAUUUUUUUUUUUUUUACUUUACCACACUGUUUGUGCCUUUUGACUGACCAAAGAAAGACUUUUUUUUUCUUUAAGUGUUGGGUUAAUAUUUUUUUUUCUCCCCCUAAACCUCUGUGUAGAUGAUCAUGUGACUGUGAUUAAGCAAUCUGUUUCCUUUUAUGCUUUUCCUGCCUGCUGUAGUCCACUUAUUUCAGUCCUAAGGCUGAUGACAGACGCGUUGUAGAUUUGGUUCAUUCGGCACUGUUAGGUUCCAUUACUAUUAAUAUUUGUUUUGGUUUUUUUUAGUGCAUGAUGAUAAAUCUGUUAUUUUUAAUACUGUAUUGUCCAUCUCUGCAUCCACAGGAGGAAAGCAUGUUCGUUAUCACAUUUUACGUUUCAUCACCAUCUGUACAAAUGUAUCGUCAUGAAAACGCCACAAAAAGUCCAUCGUGAGAAGAGGCUGCUGUACGUGCACUUGUUUUUUGGCUGUUGUUGUUUUUUUUUUUUUUACAGGUUAAAUGAACUGAUUGAAAAAGUGAAAGAAGCAAACUGUAACUGAAGCAAACACAUCGAGUCACGAUAGUUGUGUAUCUGAUAUGCCUUACAAAUGUAAAUGAAAUAACACUCCAAAUCGAUACAGAAA